GCGACGCGCUACACGUGUCUUAUACAACCCAGAGGAUAUCUCCUUUGGCAUUAACCUUUUGGCAAUAACAUCGAUUAUAAAUAAAUUCAAUAAUAUCUGAAAUAACUUUAAGUAAAUUUCUUAAUUUUCCUAGUUAAAUUUAAGUCAUUAAAACCAAGCGGAACUCUUUCUGUAUAUCUGUGUAUUAAUCAGCUUAAAUAUUCGCGCUCAAAUUGAAACUGAAUUUUGAACAAUUAACUACGAAUCCCCGAAAUAUUUUUACGGUAUAAAAAGCGUGUUCUAGAAACCGUUAGUUAUCAUGUUGAUUUACAUGCCACAAAGGGAACGAAGACAGCAUCAUUAGGGAACAUCAUUCGAAUUUUAGAACUUAAAAAGUGGACAAUAUCAGCAUAAACAAAACAACGAAAGUUUUAUCUCUGCGAGACAAUACAAAGAUUACGAGCAACAAAAGAAAAAAGUGCUUUAGAGUCCGCGUGCUCCGUGACUCCGGGAUGUCUGGUGGAGAAGGCUGGAGCGGCGGGUGCGGCUGGUGGCAGGCGCGGCUGGCGCUGCUGCUGGCGCUGCCGGUGGCGCUCACCGGCCUCUACAACACCAACUACGUGUUCUUGGCCGCUCCUACCGAGUACAGAUGUAUCGUGGCACAAUGUGAGGACUGGCCUGCGGCAGCCACUCCUGGCGAGGUUUCCUCGGAGGCCUGGCAGCCGGCAUGGCGGCCCUGGGCGCUGCCGCCCGCCGCCCCGGCGAGACCCGACGACGCCUGCCUCCAGUUCCGGGCCACUGGUCCCGGGUGCGGACCUGCAGACUUCGACAACACCACGCUGGUCUCUUGCGACAGGUUCCUGUAUAGAACACGCAGUAGUAUAGUCGCUGAGUUCGGGCUGGCGUGUGCGGAGUGGAAGCGCGCCCUGGUGGGGACGGUGCACAACGUGGGCAUGCUGAUCUCGCUGCCUAUCAUCGGGUUUAUAUCCGACAGAUGGGGCCGGCGUGCCGCCCUGGUGACGUCGGCAGUGGGCGCUGGGCUGCUGGGGCUGGUCAAGUCGUUCGUGAACUCCUACUACACGUAUCUGCUGGCUGAACUCGCGGAGACUAUCCUUGGCGCCAGCGUCUACCCCGCAGCAUUCGUCCUCAUGAUCGAGUGGCUGGGCGUGGAGCAGCGCAUCUUCGCGAGCUUGGUGCUCGGCAUUCCCCUCUCCGCAGGUGCUGCCCUCUUGGCUCUCCUGGACUAUCUCAGCGGCUACUGGAGACUAUGGGCACGCAUCGCGUACCCACCUUCAUUCCUACUGUUGCUUUAUCCCUGGCUCUUGCCCGAGAGUGUACGCUGGCUCGCCUCCCGUGGAAGACAUUCUGAAGCGCUCAGCGUGUUGAAACAAGCAGCGAAGUGCAAUAAUAGUCCCGUUAGUGAGGAGAACUUGGAAAAGAUGCUGCUUAGUGAGACCGAGCAGGUUAAUAAUAAGGUAGCGGCGGCAGAAGAUGAAGAAGGACUCAUCAGAGCCUUUUUCAAAUACGGCGCCCUCCGCCGCCGGUUGUUCGUGUGCUUCGCGUGGUGGAUGUCGGCCGUGUUCGUGUUCUACGGGCUGGCGGUGCGUGCGCACGCGCUGUCGGGCUCCGCGCACGUCAACUACGCGCUGGUGGCGGCGGCGGAGCUGCCCGCGCUGCUCCUCAACACGCUGCUGCUCGACAGGAUAGGCAGGAGGCCGCUUCUCACUUUCGCAUUCCUGCUCACUGCUGUGUCGCUUAUUGCAAUAUCUUGCAUACCACAGGAAGGAGGCUGGCGCUGGCUGAACACAGUGCUAUACUUGUCAGGCAAGGUCGGCGCGGCGAUGUCCCUGAAUGCCCUCUACGUGUACACUGCCGAGCUGUUCCCGACGAGGGCCAGGCAGAGGCUGCUGGCGGCUUGCUCCACGUGCGGGCGACUUGGGUCCUUGUUAGCUCCGCUCACGCCACUCACGGCGGCGUACCGCUGGUGGCUACCGACGGCGUUGUUCGGCGCUCUCCCGCUAUGCAGCGCCAUGCUGACCCGGCUCGUGCCGGACACGCUGCACCGCCGGCUGCCGGACACCUUCUCCGACCUCGACCCGGCGCCGGGCACCGUGCGAGACGAAGAACAGUGCUGAGCUUUACAAUAAAAUAUACAUUAUCGCUCCAUUCCUUUUCGUCGACCUGGUUCAAGCGGGAUAAGGUUACCCAGUGAACAAGAGUC